GCUUUGGAUGCACACAUUGAAUGAAAGUCAGUGUAGCAGGCUGUUGCCACCAGCAACUGAGAAUAUCUGCCCACCGUAAAGUUAUUUUACAGUGUCUGGGCAUCUGGUGAGACUGUGUUAGCAGAGAUAAUCUAACACCUUGGCAAACGACAGGUUCAGGAUAUUUGUGGAAGGACCAAGCUGUGUGGGGCAAUGCAGCGGGUCACGGCGCAGCUCGUCGCCGGGCUGGUUGCAGCACUGCUGUCGCUACUGGCAGAGCAGUGUUGGGCGGACGGAGGGGGCCUCAGCCUUGCAGAACGGGUUAUCUGGGCUGUAAAUUCCGGGGGUGAAUCUCAUGUAGACGUGCACGGUAUUCACUUCAAAAAGGACCCAUUGGAAGGGAAACUUGGCAAAGCGUCUGAUUAUGGGGUGCGUCUGCCAAUUCUGCGGUCCAGUCCAGAGGACCAGAUUCUGUAUCAGACAGAGCGCUACAAUGAGGACACUUUCGGAUAUGAUAUUCCCAUUCGUGAUGAAGGAGACUAUAUACUAGUUAUGAAGUAUGCAGAAGUUUACUUCGCCCAGUCACAGCAAAAGGUGUUUGACGUCCGUCUAAACGGCCACGUGGUGGUGAAGGACCUGGACAUCUUUGAGCGAGUGGGCCACAGUACCGCUCAUGAUGAGAUAGUACCAUUCUCUAUUAGACGUGGAAAGCUGAGCGUACAAGGAGAAGUGUCCACAUUCAACGGCAAGCUCACGGCAGAGUUUGUAAAGGGUUAUUAUGACAACCCCAAGGUCUGCGCUCUCUAUGUAAUGAAGGGGACAUUAGACGAUGUGCCUAAACUUCAGCCUCACCCCGGCUUGGAGAAGCCUGAGGAAGAGGAGGAAGAAGAGGAGGAAACUGAGGCAGGCGAGGAAGGUGGGAAGAAGAAGCUCCCACCAGGUUUCAAGAACAGGGUCCAGUCAGGCCCCCGAACACCAAACCCGUACGCAGCAGACAACAGCAGCCUCAUGUUCCCCAUCCUCGUGGCGUUCGGAGUGUUCAUCCCCACACUGUUCUGCCUGUGUCGGCUGUGAGCUACAACGAGCGAGCGAGGGGACGUCAAACAGACGAGACAGACGUGAGACUAUGGAGAAGGGGGAUAGGGGUGUGGGGGAGGGAGGGGGGGGGGAUCAAGGUGACAACAGCAGCACAGGUAAAGGCAUACACACAGGAGAGAGCGUGGAGUAGAUCUGGACGACGCAGGACACAAGAGAGACAAUAACUUUGCGGAGAGCCACUUCGCGAUGAAGCAAAUGCUGCUGUCCAAUUCUACCGUUUAGGAAAGAAAAGGAGAUGCAGGAAGUGUAUGAUGUGCGCUUCUUCUGCUGACACUAUUGAACAAUGUUAGUCAUUUCCACUCAGAGGCCGUGCAGGAUUUACAGAUGCCAGACUUCAUGGUUUGAAACCACAUUUCAGCAGCUGAGGGGGGUGCUCAGGAGCGAGUGGUCUGGGCCUGUUUUAUAAACUAAAAGCAUCGUUUUGUACUGGGUGUAGCACAGAAGCACACUCUGUUUAACACUCCUGCUCCGCAUCUGGUCAGACAUGUUACCUUCAAAUUGGGAAUGAUGCUGCUUAGAAUUUGGUUGAAUAGAAUAGGUUAGUGGUAUGGGAGGGGCGCCCAAGUUCUCAACUUGUCCACAUUUUUGUGUCUUUCCACUCGGAUCUAGUUAGUCCUUUUUGUUGACGUGCCAUCAUCUACUUGCCAUAUGUUGUUGAAAGAAGAAAGUAAUUGGCGUUGAACCAGCUCUGUAGCGGGGGGGGAUUAUUUGCUGUCUGGUGUCUGAGUCGACUUGCCUUUGCGUACAUUUAGGCUGAGUUACACAAAGCUGUUGGAGACGUGGGGGUAAUGCAUGACUUAUUUGGCAUUGUUCCACCAAAUACUGAUUUAAGGCCAUUAAACGUGUCCUCAGCCGUGAUCAUAGGUUCAGUCCUUUUGGGAUGUUUUUGUUUUGUUCAAAGAAGGAUCCAAGUUCAAACAUUACAACGUGAGAAAGGGGAACACGUUCUUCAGUAAGAGACGACAGAGUCAAAGUUCAUGCUGUGAAACGCUUCAGCUCCAGUGAGUCAGGAUCUUUACAUCACUGUGUUUACUUUGAGCGUCGCCUUUUCUAUUCAUUCAUCCAUUCAUUCAUUAGAUAUGCAUGCCUGCCUUUUUGUUUCACCAAAGAAUGUAUUUUAUUAUUUUCUUAGAAAAGCAAAAACGUGUGGCGUGUUUAAUUUGACGGAUGGUUUAUAAUAUAAAAACACAAUACGGUGAGGCCUCUUUGGGAUCUAGUUCUUUGGACGGUAGCCCUCACUAAUCAAAGUUGAAUUGAUUUUGGAGGAACAGUGUUUAUUUCCCUUUUUACAUAAGUGGCUAACUGGGAGGACGUUUGUUAUAGUUUAAUCUUUAACGUUUGUGUGUUUGAGUUCAAGCUGAAUGCUGUGUUGCCUCUGGGCCAUGAGCGUCAGUCCUCCAUGUUGUUUGAAACUGAGACAAGCGGCCGCUGUAGCUCUGUUGAUAUAAUAAACCGUGAGAAUCUGUGCCGGUCACUGCACUUGUUUUAUACAUCCCCCCCCCCCCCCCCAAACGUUGCUCUGUGUGGUUCCGCAAGUUCCUCCACCAGACGAGAAAGCACAACAUCAGUGUAAGUAGACAAAUCUAAAGUUUUACUUGACCUUUCCACAUCCUUCACUCGGCCUUUUCAAAUCUGUUGUCUUAAACGUUGUAGUGUGGACUGUACCAUUCUGUUCAUUCAGUGAACCUUUCAGUGCAAUUGAGCUUCUGGUCCUUUUCAUGGGACAACUCUUCAUCCAUCUUCAUCUUUCAGCCUUUUCUUUCUCCUACACGGCGACAUUAUCAGAGUCCUCGUCGUCUGCGUUGUUCUCCCAGCUGUUGCACAAUGACCUUUUUUCUUUUACCUUUUUGACUGAAGAGCAGCUUUGUUAAUUUUUAGUGGAGUUGUGUGGUGAACCCUCCUAUUUGUGUAUCUUGUUACCUCCGUUCAAGCGCUAAGCUCUACUCCAAGGGCUUUCCCUGUUUCACUAAUGCGUCUUAAAUGUCCCCCGACACCCCCCCCCCCCUGCCAGUAUUGCUGUUGCCAUAAGCAGUACUUGAAAACACGGUUACUAAUUCAGGUGUUGUGGAUCCCUCCUCACUCCUUCAUCCUCCUUCUCAUUUUGAUUGAUGGCGGCAGAAAUGAUUCAGUUGUUGGCAGUUUUGUUGAUUUUUCUUUUUAAGUUGUAAAUUCAACUCAUUUAAGACAUAUAAGCACCUUUCUUCUUCUUCUGAAAAGAUGCAAAAGUUUCAUUUAAUUCAGCACCAAAGUCACCGUGUUCUGUUCCUAUACAAGUCUACACAGUUGCGUGUGUGUGUGUGUGUGUGUGUGUGUGUGUGUGUGUGUGUGUGUGUGUGUGUGUGUGUGUGUAUAUAAGGUACAAAGAUCACACUUUUUUAUGGUGUGACGACCGCUUUGUUCUCAUCACUUUUGUGUUGUAGCUGAGGUGCUUUCUUAUUUUCUCUUGAGGACUUUGUGGCCUUUCUUCUGGGGAGGGGCGGCCGUCGGUACAGAGUAUAAAAAAGAUUUAACGGGCGGAAAGUCAAAGAAAUGAGAUUAUGUCUGAAAAUAUGGGAUCUUCCAUUCUAUUAUAUAUAAUUUAAAUCAGAGCGGGGCUGAUCUGGAGAUGUUUUAUAAUACGCUUGGAUCUGUAUGUUUGAAUUUUUUCCUCAGGAUCUGUUUUUGUUUUUGAGUUUUUAAAACUUGAUAUUUUAUUGGUGUGACAUUUUGCACUGCCUCAUGUAUUUUUAAACCAUGUCAUUUGUGUGUUUGUCUUUGUUGCCUUGAAUUAUUGAAUACAUUGUGCUUUACCAUCAUCCGCCUUGAGGUUGCUCUUUUGUUCAAAUUAUCUUUUUUAUUUGAUUUUUUUUAGUUAAAACCUUUUUCUGGGCUCGAUUCUCAUUCCACACAAACAAGUGAUUCUUAUCUCCCACUAACCUCAACUUCUCUAGGAGCAAAGCCAGUCAAACAUAAGUGGAAAGGCUCGUAGGAGAACUGUGAGAUGUACAUGUCCAACAGUCUAUUUAGCGUCUCGCCAGCCUUUUUUCGGACCCUGUUCUUGUCAAUACAUCUCAAUUGAAUGAAGUAGAGUGGAAUGAAGAUCCGCUCGGUUAUCUUUCACGUGAGAACCAAAGAAUUUCCGCCAUUACAUCCGAAUUCUCAGUGUUGUAACGUGACUCUAAAGGUUCUUCACUUCUUUCAUCCUUUUUGUUUCUUCUCUCACCCGGUAAAGCAGAGAAUAAAUCAGGAGAUGAAAUCACGUAACGUCUUCAGAUUUAUUCCUCGCCAUAGAACCCUAACUUCUUGAAAUGUCCUUCCUAAAAAAAUAAAUAAAACAAAGUAAUUUGCUCUGUAAUUAAUGUACAUUUGUUUUAAGAUUACCACAUCCAGCUUGUUGCUAUUUCUUUUCUUUCCUCAUUUUCAAAGCAACUCAACAAGUUAGAUGAAUUUAAACUGAGACAAAUUUGAACAGCAAAACAUCUGCCAACGUGUCCAUCGUCCAGGCAGCAGACCACACACACAACGAGGUCUGACGGCCACCGAUCACACAGUGCGAGUGUGUGAGACAGUGAGUGUGCGCUUAAAUGAGUCCUACUGUAUAGAAAUACAUGUGUUGGAUGAAUAAAUGCUCCUCUGGGGGGGCUGUAGGCAGCAGCAGGUGGACUGAGAAAUGUAUUCGAGACCCCUGAUCUUACUCUGUGGCAUAUCUGCAAAAUGGGAAAUGCUGAUAAAUGCUGUCUCUUUUUAAUAAAUGUGCUAUUUUAUCAGAA